CAUUCGGACCAAAAGUAAAUAAUACGUGUGAGAAACGUGGUACGUUCUUCGGGCUACACGCGACAAAUACUUACUAAUUUUCUUAACCGCAUUCGGACAUGCAGAUAUAUUUUCUUGAAAAAUAUUAGAAAGGUACCCUCAAAAAUGUCUUCAAAAAGAAUAUUAGGCGUUGUUGAGGACAUUGAAAAUUCAGCUAACAUUGCAAAAAGUGAUUUGAUAGAUAUUUUAAAUAGUGAUAGUGACAGUAGUGAUAUUUCACUUCCUGUACGAAAACGUUGUAAGCGACUGAUUAUUGAAGAUGAUACCGACGAUGAAGACCACAGUAAUCAUCAACAAUCAGAGCUAUGGAUUUGGAAAGAAGAAACUAAUGAUCCAAAAAUUUGGAAGUAUACACAGAUUCCUGGCAUAAAAGUGGCAAUUUUGAGUCAGUUAGGGGAAAACAGAAAAGAAUUAGAUUUUUUUAAUAUAAUAUUUGAUAAUAUAUUUUGGGAAAAUAUUGUUACGGAGACGAAUCGAAACGCAAACCAAAUAAUAAACAAUGAAAAUAAAAGACUAAAAAUAGACAAAACUUGGUUUCCUGUAGACUGUGGUGAAAUCAAAAUAUAUUUUGCACUAUGUAUAAUAAUGGCUGAAGUUAAAAAACCAACAAUUCAAAUGAAUUGGUCUAAGAAAGCAGUUAUAGAAACUCCAAUUUUUAGAAAAACAAUGCCGUUCAAAAGAUUUCUGCAAAUAACUAGAUGUUUGCAUUUUACAGAUAACAAUUUGGCUAACAAUACAGAUAAAUUAUGUAAAAUAAAACCUGUGAUAAAUUUUUUGAAUCAAAGAUUUAAAGAAGUAUAUACAAUGCAAGAGAAUGUUACUAUCGAUGAAUCAUUGAUGAAAUAUAAGGGACAUUUAUCCUAUAAACAAUUUAAUCCAUCAGAAGGGGUAAGAUUUGGUAUAAAAUUUUAUAAAUUAUGUGAGUCGAAAUCAGGUUAUUGCUAUGACCUUAAAAUAUACACUGGUAGUGAUAAAAUAAAUUCUGGUGACAGUGCAUCUGAAAGUGUUGUCAAAGAGCUAUCACAAUCAAUAUUACAUAAAGGACAUACUUUAUAUUUAAACAAUUGUUCUACAAAACUGUUUAAAACUUUAAUUAACAGUAAAACUAAUGUUGUUGGAACAGUGCACUCGAACAGAAAUAAUAUGCCAAAAGAUUUUUGUAAAGUAAAAUUAAAAAAGGGUGAAUAUAUAAUGAGAAGCUGCAAUGGAAUACUGGCAUUAAAAUGGAAGGAUAUACGAGACAUUUAUAUUCUUUCUUCAAAACACGAAACAGCAGAAAUGACUGAACCAGAAAAAAAUCAAUUCAAUUGUACUUUGAAACCAAAAUGUAUCAUUGAGUACAAUAAAGGAAUGAUUGGAAUUGACCGGCAAGACCAAAUGCUAGCGUGCUUCCCUGUGAUGAGGAAAUAUAGUAACAAAAAACAGACUUAUGCUGAAUAUAGAAUUGAAAUAGCCCAAUCAUUGCUAAAAAAUAUACCAUUACCAGAGUAUAAACGAAAAGGACGAUUAACGAAUGGAGAUUUACCAGAGAGGCUGCACGGGAAACAUUGGGGUCAUUUUCCCAAGCAUAUAGAUCCAACACCAUCGAAAUUAAAGCCAUCAAGAGCCUGUAAAGUUUGCACAAAACAUAAAAAACGUAGUGAAACAACGUGGGAGUGCAAAAGAUGUAAAGUUGCAUUACAUGUACCAAUAUGCUUUGAAAGAUACCACACGAUUGAAGAUUAUUAAAUUUUUUUAAUUUUAUCAAGACGUUCAUAAUUUAAAAUAUAUGUUUCUUCAGAAAUUAUAAUAAAAAUGUUAUUGAUUUAUUAUUGACUUCAAGAUAAUAAAUCUUGCUUGUUCAAUGAUCA